AUGGCGCCCUCGAACUGUUUUCCUGUCGCUACUCCCGGCGAAUGCUUCUGGCAGAUUCAGCCGGAUGAAUUGAACGACUUUCGCUCGACGGAGCAGCUCCCUGAGCAUUCCGACAUCGUGAUCAUCGGCGGUGGGUACGCGGGUGCCAGCACCGCGUAUCAUCUGCUACGCGACCACGGCGAGAAGAUCCAUUCCAUCACCAUAUUGGAAGCCCGCGGAGCAUGCUCUGGUGCCACCGGUCGCAAUGGAGGACACCUCCGACCCGAUUUCUACGGGCAUAUCCCGACCUACGUUGAUCGCGCGGGCGUGCGCGCCGGGGCGGAGAUUGCCGAGUUUGAGAUCUCCCAUCUGCACGCGAUGAAGAAGGUCAUUGAGGAGGAGAAGAUUGAUUGUGACUUUACUCUGGCGCGGUCGAUUGAUGUCUGGUGCAAUGAAGAGGCAGCCACCAAGGCCAAGGCCGUGUAUGAGCGCAUGAAGUCGCUGAAUUUGGAGUAUAUGAAUGAUGUGGCGUUUUACACGGGGAAGAAUGUAGAGGGGAUCUGCGGUGUCAAAGGCGCCCUCGCCUGCGCGUCCUUCACAGCCGGCACCAUGUGGCCCUACAAAUUCAUCCUCCACAUUCUCAAAUCCGCCCUCGCAACCGGCAAGCUCAACCUGCAGACCUUCACCCCCGCCACCGCCAUCACCCCCGCCACCGAGGGCGGCUUCACCAUUACCACCCCCCGCGGCACCAUGCACGCCAGCACAGUCAUCCACGCCAACAACGCCUACGUCGCGGGUCUGCUGCCCGAAUACGAGAAGAACAUCGUCCCCUGCAAGGGUAUUUGCUGUCGGAUUACGGUGCCAGAAGGGACGACCGCGCCGCUGUUGAAUAAUUCCUAUAUCAACCGCACGGAAGAUAAUACCCUGUCGUAUUUGAUUCCCCGGCCUGAUGGCAGUAUUAUUGUGGGAGGGGCGUCGUCUAAGUUCCGGCCCUUCCAGGAGCAGUGGUAUAAUAAUGUCGAUGAUAGUGUGCUCAUUGAUUCGGCGAAGGAUUAUUAUGAUGGGUACAUGCAGCGGACAUACCGGGGGUGGGAAAAUAGCGGGGCUCGGGUUGAUAAGAUCUGGACGGGGGUGAUGGGGUAUUCCUAUGACUCGAAUCCUCAUAUUGGAGCUGUCCCCGGAAAAAAUGACCAGUUCAUCCUGGCGGGGUUUAAUGGCCACGGUAUGCCGGUGAUUUGGCGGUCCGCGCAGGAGUUGGCGCGGAUGGUGGUGGAGAAGAUUCCUUUUGAGGAGACGGCGAUGCCGCGACUGUUCAAGACGACGCAGUUCCGGAUUGAUCGUGCGAUGAAUGGGAAGGAGAGUGAUGGGGAUAUCCUCGGGACGGGGAACUUUCCUUCGACGAAGCCAUGAUGUGUCACGAUUGAUUUCGAGUAUAUAGUUACCAGUUCAUGUAUUAU